GAAUUGCUACCAAAUGACAACGCGCCGCCGGCCGCGCCGCUGUUCUCUCUUCCACACACAUCUUUGGCUUAGUCGUCUUGUCUUUUUACAGAGUUUUGAGCUAUUUUGUGAUAUUUUCCAGCAUAGAAUUGUUCAACAUUGCCUAAAGGUGACGUCAUGUCGUCGGAGGGUGACGUCAUCCUGGUGACAGGAGGCACGGGCCUGGUGGGCCAGGCGAUCAAGACCGUGGUCGAGGGCGGUCUAAAGAGGCCCGGUGAGACUUGGGUCUACCUCAGCUCGAAGGAUGCUGACCUGACUGACCCGGCGGCCACACGUGCCGUGUUUGAGCGCCACCGACCGACGCACGUCAUCCACCUGGCGGCCAUGGUUGGAGGCCUGUUCCGAAACCUCCGCUACAACUGUGACUUCCUGCGCAAGAACAUCUUGAUCAACGACAACGUGCUGGAGACGGCUCACCAGCUGAACGUGCAGAAGGUCGUGUCGUGCCUCUCCACCUGUAUCUUCCCCGACAAGACCAGCUACCCGAUCGACGAGACCAUGGUUCACAACGGUCCGCCGCACCCGUCCAACUUCGGCUACAGCUACGCCAAGCGUCUGGUGGACGUGCAGAACCGCGCCUACCACCAGCAGCACGGCCGCUGUUUCACGUCCGUCAUACCGACCAACGUGUUCGGGCCGCACGACAACUUCAACGUGGAGGACGGCCACGUCCUGCCCGGCCUCAUUCACAAGGCAUACCUGGCCAAGCAGUCGGACAGCCCGUUCGUGGUGUGGGGCACGGGUAAGCCGCUGCGUCAGUUCAUCUACUCACUGGACCUGGCGCGACUCAUGGUCUGGGCGCUGAGAGAGUACACCGAGGUGGACCCCAUCAUCCUGUCAGUGGACGAGUCGGCGGAGGUGUCCAUCAAGGACGUGUCUCAGCAGGUACUGGACGCCAUCGGCUUCCAGGGGCCCGUCGUACACGACGAGACGCGCGCCGAUGGACAGUUUAAGAAGACGGCCAGCAACGCCAAACUGAGGAGGUACCUGCCCGACUUCCAGUUCACUCCGCUGAGCCAGGCCGUCAAAGAGUCGGUCGACUGGUUCGUCACAAACUACGAAACCGCCCGCAAAUAGAACUGAGAGCGAUCGACGCAUGGCUGAGCACUUCCUCUAUGAGGGAACGACUGGCUCAGUGGGGGACGGUAAACCAUGGCGAGCUGCACGCCAGAGAAGGACUGUCGAGAGGUCGAGUGAUCUAUGGGGAGCUGCAGACUCCAAGCGACAGACAGAUCCAUGGAGAGCGCCAGACUCCGGGUAAGGACUAUCAGAGUGGGUAUAGUGCCUAUGGGCAAACACCAGACUGUGUGAAGGGUGUCUGUGAGGGAGCUGCGAUUUUAUGGGAAGCGUCAAUCUGUGUGAGAGUGUUGGUCUUUGUUGGUGGAGGGAGGGAACACACAGUGGUUGUUGAUUUUUUGGACAAGGCUCGGUUCCUGUGAUGGAGACUGUCUCUGUGUUGUGAGGGAGGGCGCUGUAGGGUCUCUCUGAGGGUGUGGGACCGCGCCCCGGUCACACGGGUCUCUCACUGCCGACCAGGGAGGCAGGCAGCCGGCGGGACGUGAUGUCUCUGUGCUCCGUACAGCAGACUGGUCGGCGUAUAACCGUUACUGUUGCAAAACAACUGACUAUUAUGGUAACACACCGUGUGUUGUGUGACGUGGCCAGUCAAACCGUCCUUGCAGUGUCUGCGAUUGCUCAUUGCGCUGUUGGUUUGUUGAUAGCAUUUGCGUAGCUAAUAAGGCCAGCGGCAAACUUCAUGUCAUCGUAACCUUUUUUUGUUGCAGUGUCUUGUGAUCUUUUUUUUUUUUGUCGACGUGAAAUAUAUCAUUUAUACAUGA